AUGAUCGUAGAAAAUGAAGGAAAUGCAAUUAGUAAUUGGUCAGAUGAUGUUGAUCCUCCUAUACGUGUGAAUCGAGGGCCUAUCGAAGAAGUUCAAUAUCAAAUUCAAAGAAACUCUGAACUACGUGAUAAUGUCAGACAUCAUGCUCUUCGACAUGAUUUAAUGGAGCAUAUUUGGGAACUGUCGGCUCCACCACCUUCACCCAACUCUAUAAAUUCUGGUGAAGACAUCAACUACAAUGUGCUCCACUCAAUCUUCUGUGAUUGUGGUCCGAAGAUUGCAGAAAACCAAACUGAAAUGAAAAGGUUGAAGGAGCAGCUAGGACAAGAUUAUGUCGUUCACAGGAUCGACCACAUCAGUCUCCAGCACAAGCUGGAUGAUCAUGAUCAGAAGUUUAAAGUCGUUGGUGUUGCUCUGGGUGGCAUGAUGUUGCGGAUGCUCUUGUUGCUGGUUGUUGUGCUCCAUUUCCUUGUUAAGCUUUGGUGA